AUGUUCUCUUGGCAAAAACACCGGGAUGGUAGAGGCCGAAUCCUGCUUUGUUUUCUUUUGGGCUUGCUAUGGGGCACCCUGACCGCCCAAAUCCGCUACUCGAUUCCCGAGGAGUUGGAAAAGGGCUCUUUCGUGGGCAACAUAGCCAAGGACCUGGGGCUGGAACUUCAGGAAUUGUCGCAACGAGGGGCCCGCAUUGUUUCCAGAGGUAAGAAGCAGCAUUUUGCUCUCAGUGUCAGAAGCGGCAGCUUAGUCACGGCGGACAGAAUAGACAGGGAAGAGCUCUGCUCACAGGGCGCCCAGUGCCUGCUGAAUUUUAACGUUCUCAUAGAGGAUAACUUGAACAUUUACUCAGUGGAGGUAGAAAUAACUGACAUUAAUGAUAAUGCCCCUCGCUUUCGAGCAGAGAAGCUAGAACUAAAAAUCAGUGAAACUACAGCUCCGGGAACCCAACUUAUUCUAGAAAGUGCUUAUGACCCGGAUGUGGGAGUAAAUUCCCUCCAGGGCUACGAAUUGAGCCCCAACCAUCACUUCUCUCUGAGAGUGCAAAGCGGAGCUGAUGGGAUCAAAUACCCAGAACUGGUGCUGGACCGAGCACUGGAUCGGGAGAAGGAACCUACUCUCCAAAUAGUUCUCUCAGGCUGGGAUGGAGGAGAACCGAUCCGCUCUGGCACUGCUGGAAUCCUCGUGACUGUCCUGGAUGGAAAUGACAAUGCACCAGUAUUUACUCAACCAAUUUAUACCGUGAAUGUUCCUGAGAAUGUACCCCAAGGGACAACACUGCUCACAGUGAAUGCUACCGAUGCAGAUGAGGGAAUCAAUUCUCAAGUGAGAUAUUUUCUAGUGAAAAUACCUGGAAAGACCUCACAAAUAUUUCAACUGAAUUCUGUAACUGGAGAACUUCUAACCUUACAAAAUCUGGACUAUGAAGCUGCGAAAUUCUAUAUGAUGGAAGCAGAGGCUCAAGAUGGUCUUGGUCUCUGGGGCAGAGCUAAAAUUCAUGUCACUGUUGUAGACAUGAAUGAC